AUGGCACGCAUGAAGAUUGCUGUCACUGCCGUGGUUGGCCUACUCUCUGCCCUAAUCGAGGCGGUGCCAACCGUCGACGAGACCUACCCCUACUCUGGGCCGGAGAUUCCAAUUGGAGAUUGGGUCAACCCUACGGUCAAGGGCAACGGUAAGGGCUACAUGCGCCUUGUUGAGCCACCCGCCGUUAAGCCCGCUUCCCCGAACCCUACCAACAAUAUCAACGUCAUCUCCCUGUCCUACGCCGGCAGCACUGGUGUCAACAUUCACUACCAGACACCAUUCGGCUUGGGAAGUACUCCAUCUGUACGUUGGGGAACUAGCCGAGAUGCUUUAGAUCAGACUGCUCACGGUGUAAGCCACUCAUACGAUCGCACGCCGCCAUGCUCUGAAGUCGCCGUCACCCAGUGCAGCCAGCACUACCACGACGUGCAGAUCAAGGGCUUGAAGCCCGAGACCACCUACUACUAUUUCAUCACCGCAGCUAAUGGCACGACCGCCUCUGACGUUCUGAGCUUCCAGACUGCCCGCCCCGCGGGAAGCAAGAAGAGCUUCACCAUCGGUGUCCUCAACGACAUGGGCUACACCAACGCCGGUGGCACGUACAAGCAGCUCAACAAAGCCAUUGACGAGGGUCUGGCGUUUGCCUGGCACGGAGGCGAUAUUAGUUACGCAGACGACUGGUAUAGUGGCAUCAUCCCCUGCCAGAGUAGCUGGCCCGUCUGCUACAAUGGGUCCAGCACCCAGCUGCCGAGCGGAAUCACGUCCGACUAUGACAAGCCUCUUCCCGAGGGCGAGAUCCCAACAGAGGGCACGCCCAAUGGCGGUGACAUGUCGGUGUUGUACGAGUCCAACUGGGACCUUUGGCAGCAGUGGAUGACCCCUAUCACGUCCAAAGUGCCGUACAUGGUGCUUCCCGGGAACCACGAGGCUGCCUGUGCCGAAUUUGACGGCCCUGGUCAGAUCCUCGCCGCUUAUUUGAACUAUAACAGACCGAACAGUACCGCACCCAAGUCUGAUAAACUCACUUACUACAGCUGCCCCCCAUCUCAACGUAACUACACUGCUUAUCAGCACCGCUUCCGUAUGCCCGGUGGCGAGUCCGAUGGCGUCAGCAACUUCUGGUACUCGUUUGACUAUGGUCUCGCUCACUUCAUCUCGUUCAAUGGCGAAACCGACUAUCCCAACAGUCCAGAAGCCUCUUUUGCUCGUGACAUCAAGGGAGACGAGAAGGCUCCCAAGGCAAACGAGACUUACAUUACAGACAGCGGUCCAUUCGGCACUGUUGAUGGAGACAUUACCAAGAAGGAGUCGUACGAGCAGUACAAGUGGCUACAGAACGAUUUGGCAAAGGUCAACCGCACCAAGACUCCCUGGGUCAUCGCCAUGAGCCAUCGUCCCAUGUAUAGCUCACAGGUCUCAGGCUACCAGCAGCAUAUGCGUAACGCAUUCGAGGACCUCUUCCUCAAAUAUGGUGUUGAUGCAUAUCUAUCUGGCCACAUUCACUGGUACGAGCGCACAUUUCCACUCAGCCGAAACGGCACCAUUGACAAGAGCGCCAUCAUAAACAACAACACUUUUUACGCCAAUGAAGGCGUUUCCAUUACCCACAUCAUCAACGGCAUGGCUGGCAACAUCGAAAGCCACGCAGAACUGUCCAAGGCCAAGAAGCCGCUUGGCAUAACCGCCAUCUUUGACCAGACGCACUACGGCUUCAGCAAGCUGACUGUUGUCAACGAGACUGUUUUGACCUGGUCUUUUGUCAAGGGCGGCGACGGCUCCUCUGGCGAUGACUUGACCUUGAUCCGCAAUGCUGCGAGCCACUCCGCCACUUCUUCUGCUCCCUCGUCCACCCAGAGCGGUGCAGUGGCUGUCAUCACAGAGACGGUCAACUCCUACACAACGUACUGUCCUGGUCCGACGACCAUCACCGAGGGCACCCACACUUAUGUUGUUUCCAAGGCCACCACUUUAACCAUUUCUGACUGUCCUUGCACUCGCGUCGUCACCAGCUCCGGUGCAGGUGGAAACAACACCGCUCCCGCUCAAACUUCCAAGGCGCAGCCGACGUCCCGCGCCGGUCAGUCGAGCAGCGCCCGCCUGGUUGCCCCUGUAACCGGCGCCGCCAGCGCCAGCCACCAGUCAGUUAUCGUCUGGUGUGUUGGUGUCUCAACACUCGCUGCGCUCUUUUUCUAG